GCCGGAGGCGGCGGCGAUGGGCAGCGAGGGGCAGCGCGGCCCGACGGCGACCCCGGGUCCGGGCGACUCAGGGGCGCUGCGGAGGGACUGCCAGCACCGGAUCUUUGUGAACCGGAGCCUGGCGAUGGAGAAGAUCAAAUGCUUCGGCUUUGACAUGGACUACACCUUGGCCAUGUACAAGUCCCCCGACUAUGAGGAGUUGGCCUUCAGCCUGCUGCUGGAGCACCUGGUCUGCAUCGGGUACCCCCCCGAGAUCCUGGCCUACAAAUACGACCCCACCUUCCCCACCCGGGGGCUGGUGUUCGAUGCCCUGUAUGGGAACCUGCUGAAGGUGGACUCCCAUGGGAACCUGCUGGUCUGCGCCCACGGCUUCCGCUUCCUCAAGGGGGCCGAAAUCCUCCACUAUUACCCCAACAAGUUCAUCCAGCGGGACGACAUGAAGCGCUUCCACAUCCUCAACACCCUCUUCAACCUCACGGAGGCUUACCUCUACGCUUGCCUUGUGGACUUCUUCACCAACUGCUCCAGAUAUGUCAACUGUGACACUGGCUACAAGCACGGGAACCUCUUCAUGUCCUUCCGGAGCAUGUUCCAGGACGUGCGUGAGGCCAUGGACCACGUGCACCUCUCGGGCUGCCUGAAGGAGAAGACGCUGGAGAACCUGGAGAAGUAUGUGGUGAAGGAUCCUCGGGUGCCACUGCUGCUGAGCCGCAUGAAGGAGGUGGGAAAGGUUUUCCUGGCCACCAACAGUGACUACGACUACACCCACGCCAUCAUGUCCUACCUGUUUGACUGCAGCAAUGGGGACAAGCGCCCCUGGCGCUCCUACUUCGACCUCAUCGUGGUGGACACCCGCAAGCCGCUCUUCUUCGCCGAGGGCACCGUCCUGCGCCAAGUCAACACGGACACCGGGAAGCUGCGCAUCGGGACCUACACAGGGCCGCUCCAGCACUGCGCCGUCUACUCCGGCGGCUCCUCGGAUGUGGUAUGCGACCUGUUGGGGGUGAAGGGCAAAGACAUCCUCUACAUGGGGGACCACAUCUUCGGGGACAUCCUCAAGUCCAAGAAGCGGCAGGGCUGGAGAACCUUCCUGGUGGUGCCCGAGCUGGCCCACGAGCUGCAGGUCUGGACGGAGAAGAGCGAGCUGUUUGAGGAGCUGCGGAGCCUGGACCUCGUCCUGGCAGAGCUGUACCAGCACUUGGACAGCGGCAGCAGCGAGCGGCCAGACAUCAGCUCCAUCAAGCGUCAGAUCCAGAAAGUGACCCACGAGAUGGACAUGUGCUAUGGCAAGAUGGGCAGCCUGUUCCGCUGCGGCUCGCGCCAGACUCUCUUUGCCAGCCAGCUGAUGCGCUAUGCGGACCUCUACGCCGCCUCCUUCCUCAACUUCCUCUACUACCCCUUCAGCUACCUCUUCCGGGCCCCCCCUGUCCUGAUGGCUCACGAGUCGACGGUGGAGCACAGCCGCCCGGACACGGGGGAGAUGGGCACAGGCCUGGCAUCCUUGCUGGCACAGCAUGGCCACCCAGGCCAGCAGGUCGCUGGGGGCCCCCAGGACUCCAAUGGGGAGGAGGAGGAUGAUGGAGAAGCCUGAACCCACCCCAGUACCAAUGGCUGGUGAGCUGCCAGGUGCCAGGCCCUGGGAGGGCAUUUGGUGGCCCUGGACCUCUUGUACUGCUAGCUGACAGACUGAAGCCACCAUCUCCCAUGGGCAGGGGAAGGUUGGUGGCCCUGGCCCAAGCCCUGUGCCCUGCCUCUCCUUGUGCUGUGGUGGCAGAAGGGCCCACGGGCUGCCCAGUGCCCCCAUGUUCAUUCAGAGUCCCCAGCCAACUCGAUGCCAGCCUGGUGCUGCCCACUGUCAGGACAAGGUGGUAGUGCCAUGCUCCAGUUAUUGCAGGACCCUCUGGGCUCAGCAGCUCCUGCCCCUCCAGCCUGGGUGCCUCAGCCUUAUGCACUGCUGCUGGGUGGGUGCUGCUUGGGUACAGGUGGCAGCUGCUGUGCCUCUCUUCUCUUUUCUGCCCUUUUCUAUUUAUAAGAGUCUCCAGCUCCUGGCCUGCAGCUACACAACAUUAGCUAAAGGAAAACUUGGGGGUGGGAAUAAGUUCCUGAUCCUCAGCCACACUGGUACUGUCCUGCACCCCCUGGGAGAGGGCUGGGUUUGACAGGACCCCCAGAGCCUGCUCCAAGGCUCCUUCCAGCAGCCAGGGUUCUCAAUAAAGAGUC